AUGGAUGGUGUGAUUUCAGUGUUUCACAGCGACCCGGAUAAAUCGAGGCCUCACACGACAAGAUCAUGGGAUUUCAUUAACUUACUCGAAGCUAGAUGGGAUACCACACAACCUAGCACCAGAGAAAAACUGUUGAAUCAAGCUGGCUCCGGCCAGAAUGUCGUUGUCGGCGUACUCGACACCGGCAUAUGGCCAGAGUCAGAGAGUUUCAGUGAUGUGGGAAUGGGACCUAUCCCAACAACCUGGAAUGGAAUCUGCCAGCCUGGUGCUAAUUAUGAUUCUUCUCAUUGUAAUAGGAAACUGGUGGGGGCCCGCUACUAUUUGAGGGGUUACGAGGCGAAUUUCGGUCCGCUAGAUCCCACAAUCGACUUCCGAUCAGCAAGGGAUUCCGACGGGCACGGGACCCACACAGCGUCCACCGUGGGCGGCCGGAAUGUUCCGAACGCCGCCGCGGUCGGCGGCUUCGGCAUAGGGAACGCCACCGGAGGGGCGCCACUGGUGCGCCUGGCCGUUUACAAAGUAUGCUGGAACAAACCGGUGGAUCGUGGAGGAGGGGGCACGUGCCUGGACGAUGACAUGCUGGCGGCUUACGAUGAUGCAAUCGCAGAUGGAGUUGACAUCAUCAGUGUCUCAAUUGGCUCGACCACCGGUAAGUCCUAUGUUGACGACGGGGGUGCCAUUGGAGCAUUGCAUGCCGUGAAAAGGAAUAUUGUGGUGGUUUGCAGCGCUGGCAAUUCGGGGCCUCGCCCGUUUAGCGUGACGAACAUCGCCCCGUGGAUCAUCACUGUUGGAGCGAGUAGCAUCGAUCGGGUUUUUUCGUCACCUGUCGUUCUUGGAAAUGGUGUAGUGGCAGAGGGACAAUCGAUUACUCCAUUCGUGAGGGGAACUUUCCCACUUGUUUACGCAGCGGAUGUAGAAAUUCCGGGCACCACCACAAAUCUCACAUUCGGACUAUGCAACCCUGGGACACUUUCGCCAGCGCUGGUGGCAGGAAAAGCGGUGUUCUGCUGGAGAGGGAGCACCGCCGAAGCAUUAGAAGUGCAAAGAGCUGGCGGCGUAGCCGUGGUGCUCGGAAACCCAGAUGAUGGAGUAGGCGUCUCCCAAACGCCUUAUGUGAUUCCGGCAAGUGUUGUUCUUUCCGAUCAAAAAUUAAAAAUCUUCAAUUACACCCAAUCUACAGCAACACCGACGGCAACCUUGACUCCGGCGAGGACAUUGAUAGGCGGCUCCAGCCCAACUCCAUUCAUGGCCCCUUUCACCUCUCGAGGCCCCAAUGUUAUCGAACCCAAUCUUCUAAAGCCGGAUAUUACAGCACCGGGAUUUAAUAUACUGGCAGCAUGGAGUGAAGUUGCUUCUCCUUUCGGCGUCCCAUCCGAUAAUCGAGUUGCUAAGUUCAACAUUAUUUCCGGUACAUCGAUGGCUUGCCCACAUGUUGCAGGCGUGGCGGCACUUAUCAAAGCCAUACAUCCCGAUUGGAGCAGCGCCGCCAUCAGAUCUGCUCUCAUGACCACCAGUAUAAAAUUAAUUAAAUUUCACCUUAAAUUCAUUACAUUCUCUUCCAAGACUAAUUCAUGCAUGUGCUAAUUAUUCUUGCAGCAAGCCCGGUCAACAAUUUAGGCAAUCUAAUAACAGACGCACUCGGGAAUUUCGCCACCCCAUUGCAAUACGGGUCGGGCCA